AUGCGGGAGGCCCACUUCUACUUGUCCCAGGCACCUCACACUGGCUUACCUCAGAGACCCUACAGCCAGGCAACCUACACCCCAUCACCUGCCUCGCCUCGCCUCAGUGGCACCAACAUACCAUGCAGCCUCAUGCCCGGCUGCGAGCAAGCAGGCUGCGGGGGCUAUGAGUUCUUCCUGGGUUACUUGCUGAAGGAUGAAGUUUUGAAAAUCAUGCCAGUGCAGAAGCAAAAACGGGCAGGCACCAGGUUCAAGGCCUUUGUUGUUGCCAUUGGGGAUGACAAUGAUCAUGUUGGUCUCAAAGUCAAGUGCUCUGAAGAAGUUGCCUUGACCAUUUGUGGGGCCAUCAUACUGGUGAAAGUCUCUAUCGUGCCAGUGAGGCGAGGCUAUUGGGGAAACAAGCCUCACCCUAUGCCAUACAAUGUGACAGGCCGGUGUGGGUCCAUCCUGGUUUGCCUCAGUCCUGCCCCAUGUAGCACAGGGAUUGUGUCUGCCCCUGUUCCCAAGAAGCUAAUGAUGAUGACGGGAAUUGAUGAUUGCUACACCUCAGCCAGGGGCUGCAAUGCUAAUUUUGCAAAAAUGAGCAAUUUUGCUAAAGCCACCUUUGAUGCUGUUUCCAAGACUUACAGUUAUCUGUCCCCUGAUCUCUGGAAAGAAAUGGUUGUCACUAAAUCUCCUUGUCAGGAGUUCACUGAUCAUCUGGUGAAGACCCACACUACCAGAGUGUCUGUGCAAAGAACUCAGGCAGCUGAUGUGGCAACCUAA